GCCGCCCUCGCCUUCCCUUCCCUCCUCUGGGCGGAGUUCCCCAGCCCAAAACAAGGGAAGGAGUCCAGGCUCUCCGCCCCGGCCGGCCUCCCCCCUCCGCCUCCCUGCCCGGGGUCCCAGCAUGGCGGGCCAGGGCGCCCCGGGGGCCCCGCUGCCCGUCACGCGCCAAGUGGGUGCCCGGGUUCGCCCCCUCGCCGAUGCGCCCAUGGAGCUGCGAGACGCCGCCCGGCGCCUGGUGGUGGACGCGGCCGGGAAAGCGGUUCCCUUCGGCUCCCUGUACCGGGAGCGGAAGGCGAUCGUGGUGUUUGUGCGGCAUUUCUUGUGUUACGCCUGUAAGGAAUAUGUGGAAGAUCUGGGCAAGAUUCCCAAGACAUUUUUACAAGAUGCAAAUGUCAGACUUGUGGUUAUUGGACAAUCAUCGCACCAUCACAUUAAGCCGUUUUGCACUUUGACAGGUUAUUCUCAUGAAAUGUAUGUGGAUCCUGAAAGGGAAAUCUACAGGACGCUUGGGAUGAAAAGGGGUGAAGCAUCCGCUACAACAGUGCAAAGUCCUCAUGUAAAAUCCAACCUGCUGUCAGGAAGCAUCAAGAGCGUGUGGAGAGCAAUGACGAGCCCUGCAUUUGAUUUUCAAGGAGAUCCAGCUCAGCAGGGGGGCACUUUGAUUUUAGGUCCAGGGAAUGAAAUCUACCAUGUGCACCUUGACCAAAACAGGUUGGACCAUGUUCCCAUUAACACUGUUUUGCAACUUGCUGGAGUUCAAGCAGUAAACUUCACCAACAGAUCUCCAAUUAUUGAUGUGUGACUUUGUCAAAAGGAGAAAAAAUCCAGGGGGCAAGUUAAAUGAUACAUGUCAACAGUGUGUUCAGCAAAUAAUUUUGGGUGAGGUUACUGUAACAUUGGAAGAUUCCUGGCUACUGAAUAGUUCGGUUUCCGGUGGGUAAAAAUGGACGUCACACAUUAUUGUUUCACUGAACUCAAAGU